AUGACUCCUUUCAAGUUUGAAGAAUUACUGACCUUAGUUGCACCAAAAAUAACACGCUGGCAUGCAAGAAGAGAAGCUAUUGGACCUGCAGAAAGGCUUUGCGUCACUUUAAGAUAUUUGGUCACAGGAGACACCUUUAGAACUAUUGCAGCAAGUUACCGUUUAAGUGAUACUGUUGUGGGACGAAUUAUAAGGGAGACUUGUAAAGCUUUGUGGAAUGUUAUGGCAGAAAAUGUUUUUUUAUCUGUUCCGAGUUCGUCUAAAGAAUGGCUAGAUAUAAGUCAAGACUUUGAGAGAAGGUGGAAUUUCCCGAACUGCAUCGGAGCGAUUGACGGUAAGCAUAUCAUUAUCCAGUGUCCUUCACGAGCAGGAUCUAUGUUUUUUAACUACAAGAAGUUCCACAGUGUUGUCCUGAUGGCAGUUGUGAAUGCAAAAUUUCAAUUUACGAUAGUUGAUGUAGGCGACUAUGGACGUCUAAGUGACGGUAGCGUUUUUUCAAGUAGCCAACUUGGUAUUGCUAUGGAACAGAACAAAUUAAACCUUCCACCCCCAAGACUGCUACCUUGGACCAAUAUUAGUGUACCAUAUGUGUUUGUUGGAGACGAUGCUUUCCCUUUUAAAAAUUAUUUAAUGAAACCCUAUCCUAGGGGAGAGAUCCAGAUCCCCGAGAGAAUUGCAAAUUACAGAUUCUCCCGUGCAAGAAGAAUUGUAGAAAAUGCCUUUGGCAUUGCCACCUCACGAUUCAGACUUUUCAGACGAGCAAUUACGGCAGAUGUUGACGUUGCAGUGCAAGCUACAAAGGCAGUUGUGGCUCUUCAUAACUACCUUAUGGCUGACAGGUGUAUUCUAAGUAAUCCAUAUUGUCCAUCUGACUUUAUUGACCGUGACUGCAAUGGUUCACUUAGACUAGGUGGGUGGAGAAGGGAGAAUGUCAAUAAUGGCGGAAUUCAGGAUGUAACACAUCUUGGAUCCAAUAACUAUUCAAUACAAUCAAAAAAUAUCAGAGACUGUUUUAGAAAUUAUUUCAACUCAACAAUAGGUUCUGUGCCAUGGCAAGACAUGAUUGUAACAUCACGACCCUGUGCGUUUGACAGACUUGUAUUAGAUGAAACAGUGGAUUGA